AUGCCUACCGCGCACCGGCGUGUCGAGAUGUUCCGUGGCGCCAUGACGACGUCUUCGGCAGCACCGCAGGAUGUGCUGCUGUCAAGUGUAGGCAAGCCAUUGCGUCUGCAUGUUCCGUACAAGUCGUUUGAUCCCCCUGCGUACGGAGCCGCGAGCGAGACCGUGGUGGGCCGCCUUUGGACGUACGACGCAGGCGUCGACCUGGUCGUCCUGGAGACAGGCGCGGCGCCCGACUUGCCUACGGCGCUGCACCGUGCACCGGCUGCCAUUGUAUACAACAGCCCGUACGGUCGUGUAAAUUCAACUACCUCGGGGUUUAAACUCAUCCGCGGCACGCAGAUCGCCGGCGUCGAGUUCCUGACCGAGGAGGAGUACCAUGUACAUACAAACUACGUCUCGGAGCUUUGCACUAUUCCACCGGUUUCUUUGGCUGCUAUGGAAGUGCGCGAUGCGGCGUCGGUUCAGAAGAGUUUGGAGCGCAUCUUGCGGAUCGGGCCGAAAGCGGCCGGCGAAGUUGGGCAGACUGUGUUCGAUGCAUUGAGCAAGACGUACGUAUUUUCGGUGCGCUGA